AUGCAGGAUGAGCAAUGGACACCGGUGAAGGAAGUGUUGGAGGAGUUUAUUCAAUAUUUGAACGAGAAUAAUGAUAACUUUGAGCAAUACGCUGCCAAUUGUGAUAAUAAAGGUUGGAAUGAUUUCGGUGAUGGUAACCUAUAUAAGGAACAAAGAGUAGCAGACAUGAUGCGCUGUAGAAUCAUGUCAGGAGCACUGUGGUUUGCCAACGGUUCGGGCACUAAUCAGGCAGAGUGGGCGAAAAAGAGUGAAGUUGAAAAGAAAGAGAUAGAAAGACUAAGAUGUGAAGUGGCUCAUGUAUUUGGGCACUUACUGAAAACUAUGUACUGCAAGAACCACGGAGGAUACAAGAGAGGUGUAGAGUAUGCUUGGCAGGCAAUGAGGAGUAUGAAGAGCGCAGAAUCCGGUAAGCCUGGUACACUGGGGGGCCCUGUUAUAGAAGGCAAGUGUACACCAUGUGGGUAUACGGGCUAUCACAGGCAUAUAACAGCCAUAAAUUUGGCGAUAGCACAGUGGUUAAUGGAUAAAGGGCAAAUAAUGCAAGAAAUAACAGCAAUGGAACAGGCAAUGCCGUGUAAUGCACCAUGGACAGAUUAUAUUAAGCAGGGGGAAAAACCAGGGCACCCUGUCAAAGACAGUGUGAGCAAAGACGGGAAGGAGAAGAUAGACAAAGCACAAAAGGCGAUGACAGGCUCAGUAAUAAAGAUAAUUGAGAAAGUGCAGGAAGCACAGGACGAAAUAAAGGAAGAAGCAAGGAAGCUCUCUGGGCAAGCGAACAAGAAAAUUGAACCAGCAGAAGACAAGAGCAAAAAGAAAGAGGACCAAAGUGGCCACAAGGAAAAAGAGAAGGAAGCAGAGAAGACAUCGGCAACAGUCAGUGGAGCAGGAAGAGCUGAUCCAUCGGGAGCAGCGGACCUGGUAGGGAAACCAGGAUCGCCAGUAUUACCAGCAAGACCACCACCACCUCCACCGGAUCCAGCAGGAAAACAAGGGGAGAAGGAUGGACCAGACGCGCAGACGCCAGGAGGGCCUGUUACCGAUGACCACAAGGAUAAAACUACAGGUAAGGAAACUACGUGCCCCAAGAAUGUUAAUGAGGAAACCUUAGGGACCGGAACAGUUAGCAUUGCAUUUCAACCUGGACCUGAAUGUAAAGGUGAGAAAGCUGAAUCCAAGGCUGAUGACAGUGAACAAAAUAGUAAGGGUGCCGUCGCCACAGGUAGUGGUACAGAGGAUCAGACUACAGUGACUAAUAAAGCUGAUCCCCCUGCUUCAACUGGUCCCACAGAUCCAGUUAGUCCAGCUGUGGCAGCAGGCGCAGGCGGUGCACAGGGUGCAUCCGGUGCAGCCGGCAACGACGGUAAAACCGUCGACAAUGGCGGCAACGAUGUCCCCCCUCCUCUCAAUCCACCCAAACCAAAACCGAACCCAGAUCAAUCGGGUAGUAGUGGCAGUUUCAGUGAAUCCGGUAGUUCCGCAGCAGGCGGUGGAGCAGCUGGCAGUGGAGGAGGUCCAUCCUCUGGUAAUGGUUCCACUGGUACCCAAACCCCAGGUUCUUCAGGACCCGGAUCUAGUACAGUUCAGCCUAAACAGAACGUAGCAGCAGGGGGUGGCGCCGGCGCAGUGGAAGUAACCCCGGCAAUUACUGGUGGCGGACUAACAUGGGAAGAUGUCAAGCCCUAUACCCCCGCGAUCAUUCCCGCGCUGGUUGGUAUGGGCAUCAUGGCGUUCUUCCUAUGGAAGUAUUUUGCGUACCUCGCCAAACGACGACGAACAUAUCGAACAGUGCGUGACGUGCCGUCACCGCCACUCGACGAAGAAAUAUUGCAGCAUCUGCAACGAGGCGAACUACCGCCACCCGAUUACGGGUACACGGUGGUUAGGGAUAGGCCACCCGCGUCUGCUGCCGCAAGCCGCGGACAACGCCCACCACGCGUGCAUAAGCGCACGAUCAUCGAGCUACAUCUAGAAGUGCUCCACGAAUGUGAAGCGCACGCGUGGGAAAACGUCAAAGACGACUAUUUGCAGAUUGUCGUGCAGGAGUUUGCGCAGGAUUUGAUGGGGGACGCGGCAACGAAUAACAAUAUCUUGGGUGUUUCUACCACAACGCAGCGUUUAUCAGGGACCCAUGCAUCCUCCACCGUGGAUCCACCCACUGAGUCCGACGGAACGGACGCAUCUUCACGUAACGCAGAGCACCCCGCUCCAUGGAGUUGUGUGGACACUACACAGUUAGCAACGGACCGUUCUCUACCUAACGAAGAGGACCCCGAUCCUUGGAGUUGUAUGGAAACCAUACAUACCGCAACAGAACAGCGUCCCGCUACUGGUCCCGAGCGCGUGACGUCGUACUGCAUCAACUGGAUUAACUGGAUUGACCGCAACAAACAUAUUUUAAGGGCGUGCACGACGCAGCCGUGGUUUUUGCAAUUAACAGCGGAUUGGAAACAAUACGUGCGUGCGCACAUGGCGCAAACCCACGUAUACGGGCACCGUGAAUUCGUUGAAGCAGCCACCCCGCCGAUGAAGAAACUGUGGUUGUGGAAACAAUGGGUUGCACAGCAACAUCGGCACAUGCGUAUGUAUGGCCAGGAGGAGUGGUUUCAACGUUUGUUGAAUAAUGUAGAGGAGGAGACAGUAUCGCAAACAGGCGAAGUACCUAUAGCGGAAAAAGGCAUAGAAGUGGACAAAGUAAUGGCCGCAGAAGAUGUUCUAAGAGUGCGCGCUGCACCACGCAAGCAACUGCAUCCGCAACCUUACAUGAAAAAACAAUUAAGCACUAAAAUAUGGACACUGAUCCUGGCCUUAGUCAUAGAACAGUGCGAGGUCGAACGCAGUUUGCAGGAUAGGGAGUUACAUGUGGAUGCCCUAUUGCAGAAGCUCUGA